GUGUCUCCGCCGGACUGAAGUCCCUCAUGAGCGGCUCUCAAACUUCAGUGUGGAGCCAGAAAGCGGAGGAAGAGGCGGCUCUGGAGCGGAUAAGAACCACACGGACUCUCCUUCUCUCUUUAUUUCCCCGCUCGGAUCGGAGGAUUUAGUCCCCGCUUUUUUCGGGGGUCUCUGUCGGACUGAUCACCGAAGUUUCCCCCGGCGGUGUUACGGACCCGUUUCUCGGCUUUCUCUCGGAUUAAUCUGCGGACAUUAGGACUGUGUCCCCCCCACCGUGCGCAAGCAGCUGUUGUCUCUCUCUUUUUUUGUUUAUUUCCCGGAGGGAUUUUUUUUUAUUUUCAUUUUUUAUUUUUGUUGCAGUCAUGUGGAAAUAACGGGGACCGCUCCGUCUCUUCCCGACAUUUUCAUGCGUAUUCCUGAAGAACCCGGACUGAUCACGCUUCCCAGUUGAGAACCACCAGCAUGGAUGGUUGUCCGCUGCAGGUGGCGGUGCUCUCCCUGUGCCUCCUGGUCGCCUCCAGCUCCGGCUUUGAGAUCGGCUCCUACGACCUGGACCGGGACCGGCCGGCCAAGUGCGAGCCCAUCGCGAUCCCCAUGUGCCAGGGCAUCGGCUACAACCUCACCCGGAUGCCCAACUUCAUGCAGCACGACGACCAGGAGGAGGCCGCCGCCAAGCUGAUGGAGUUCGCGCCCCUGGUCAGGUACGGCUGCGACGUGCACCUCCGCUUCUUCCUCUGCUCCCUGUACGCGCCCAUGUGCACGGACAAGGUGUCCACCUCCAUCCCCGCCUGCAGGCCCAUGUGCGAGCAGGCCAGGGAGAAGUGUGCGCCCAUCAUGGAGCAGUUCAGCUACACCUGGCCCGACUCGCUGGACUGCUCCAAGCUGCCCACCCGGAACGACCCCAACGCCCUGUGCAUGGAGGCCCCCGAGAACGAGACCCGGGCGGAGGGCAAGAAGGGCGAGGGCAUGCUCCCGGUGGCCCCCAGGCCCCGGCAGCCGGGCGCCGCCGGCUCCCGGGCGCCCGGCGCGGCGGGCUCCUGCGAGAACCCGGACAAGUUCCAGUUCGUGGAGAAGAGCCAGUCGUGCGCCCCGCGCUGCUCGCCGGCCGUGGACGUCUACUGGUCCAGGCAGGACAAGGACUUCGCCUUCAUCUGGGUGACCGUGUGGUCCGUGCUGUGCUUCCUGUCCACGGCCUUCACCGUGCUCACCUUCCUCCUGGAGCCCCACCGCUUCCAGUACCCGGAGAGGCCCAUCAUCUUCCUCUCCAUGUGCUACAACGUCUACUCCGUGGCCUUCAUCAUCCGCUCGGUGGCGGGCGCCGAGAACAUCGCCUGCGACCGGGAGCACGGGGAGCCGUACAUCAUCCAGGAGGGGCUGGAGUCCACCGGCUGCACCAUAGUCUUCCUCGUCCUCUACUACUUCGGGAUGGCCUCCUCCAUCUGGUGGGUCAUCCUCACCCUCACCUGGUUCCUGGCGGCGGGGAAGAAGUGGGGCCACGAGGCCAUCGAAGCGCACAGCAACUACUUCCACAUGGCCGCCUGGGGCAUCCCGGCGCUCAAGACCAUCAUCAUCCUCACCAUGCGCAAGGUGGCCGGGGACGAGCUGACGGGGCUGUGCUACGUGGGCAGCAUGGACUCGGGGGCGCUCACCGGCUUCGUCCUCAUCCCGCUCUCCUGCUACCUGGUCAUCGGCACGUCCUUCAUCCUCACGGGCUUCGUGGCCCUCUUCCACAUCCGCAAGGUCAUGAAGACGGAGGGCACCAACACGGAGAAGCUGGAGAAGCUGAUGGUGAAGAUCGGCAUCUACUCCAUCCUGUACACGGUGCCGGCCACCUGCGUCAUCGUCUGCUACUUCUACGAGAGGCUCAACAUGGACUACUGGAAGCUGAGGGGCCUGCAGACGAAGUGCGGCGCCUUCGGGGGCCCCGCCGGCGACUGCUCGCUGCACACGUCCGUGCCCACGGUGGCCGUGUUCAUGCUGAAGAUCUUCAUGUCGCUGGUGGUGGGCAUCACCAGCGGCGUGUGGGUGUGGAGCUCCAAGACGCUGCAGACCUGGCAGGGCCUGUGCAGCAGGAAGCUGGCGGACAGGACUAGUGGGAGGAAGCCGUGCGGCGGCGUGAACUGCGGCAGCACGCACUGCCACUACAAGUCCCCCGCCGUGGUCCUGCACAUGGCCAAGACGGACCCGCACGCGGACAGCCCCACGCACGUGUGACGGAAAUGGAGGAGAUGGAGGAGUUGCUGUAAAAGACUUGAGCUGAGCUGUUUGGGUACCUGCGUGCCAAAGGGCCACACAGGUUCCCUCUAAGCAGCAUUCAAGCGGCGCAUAAAGGGAAAUGUUCAGUAUUCUUGCCCAUAUUUUCUCAUUCAUAUCGUUCUCCGGGUUUUUUUUUUUGUUUGUUUGUUUGUUGCGAAGCGUAAAUAUAUCAAUAUGUAUGCACAUACUGCAACAUGGGAGGAUUGGGGGGGGAUGCGUUUGUGUGUUUUCCUCUCUUGAGAGUGUCACGAGUAUCUGUGUAAAUCUGUAAAAAAAAAAAA